AUGACAACGGCAGAAACAAUCAUGCGGGCGCAGGAUGUAGAAUUCCAGCCAACACCUGAAUGGGAGGAGCUAUUGAGCGACAUAUAUCUUGUAGCGGGUAUUCUAGCAGACUGCAUCGGCGUCAGCAAACGAAAGGAAAGUUUAGAACACCGCCAGGUAUUGCUGAGGCUCCGACAAAAUGAACUCGAUGCGAUUCCCGUAGGUAAGCGAACGACAGACGAUGAGAUACGAUGGGGUAAUGCAAAGGGAGACCUUGCUUGUGCUUAUAUGCAGCGUGGGAGGUAUAGCGAGGCAAAAGAAAUCAUGGAGGAGCUGGUUGUCUGGUUUCGAAAGUGGGGCUCCGAGACGGAAUUCCCGUAUGAAUGGUGCAAAUACUACUCAUAUUCGGCGUACAUGUUAAUGGUCGAGGGUCAUGUCAAUAAGGCAAUAGAGUUUGCAAGGAAGGGGCUAGUGCUGGAGACUGCCCAUGCUGGUGGUGAGGAUGAAACCGUUUUGUCAAAUCAGUACUGCCUCGCCUCGCUUCUCUUCAACGCUGGGGAGGUGGAAGAAGCGCUUGAUUUGCAUAUGGAUACCCUUCAAAAAAGGGUAAAGCUAUGUGGUGAAGAUUCACAGUUGACUUUGGAGAGCUACGAGGCUGUAGGGAUUAUUCUGCAUCUACACGGCAGGGACACCGAAGCAGAAGAUCAAUUCAAAAAAUGUCUCGCGAAUCGCAGCCGCGCAAACUGGACAGUCGAAGGCAUCGCCCGAGCCCAAUUCUGGCACUCCAAGGUUCACAAAAAACUUGGAAAUGACGAUGCGGCAGAGAAAGAGCUUAAAGCAGCACGAGCAGUAAAACAACAGUAUCUCGAGAUAUAUCAAGAAUUCUUAGUUGAUGAUCCGGAUGACGAGGCAGCUGUUUUUGACCAAAUGGUGCCCAUGUGGAGCAUGGCCACUACUGGACCCCUCGCCAGAGGUGGAGCCAACAGAAAUGUCACUAACUGA